AUGCAAGAGCCCCGGGAGCCGGCAACGCUCUACGGAACGGCUUAUGAAGACCCGGAAAGCUUGCUGAAAAUAUGCGACCGCGUCACAGCCUUCAACAACUGGGACAGUGAAGAGAAGCUGCGUCACAUAUAUUUAUACCUAGAAGACACCACGAGAAUCGAGAGUCUACAGUUCGAACCUGGGAUCUCUUUUGAACCGCAUCCCUUUACAGCCCGGGAUGUGUCAACCUACAAGAACCACCUCUCCUUCACGAAGACGUGCCAGGACCUGAACGUGAUACCACGCAGCCUACGCCUCAAGCGCCUGGUCCACACGCCGGAAGGAAACAACGUCGUGGCACAAGCCGAACGCCGCCUCGUGAAAGCCCGAGUACACGAAUGCCACAACAUCAUCAGGAAGAAGGAGCUGGACUUAUACUUCCUCCGCAGACAACUGGAAUACCAGAUGCCCGACGUAUUCGGAUCCCUGGAUACAUUCGCAAGAAACGUCGCCGCAACCACAGACCAAAUCAAACAAACAGCCCUAAAGAGUAAACUCGCAGCACUGAAGAACAGCAAGGAGCCCCGGAACGACAGCAAGACCACCAAAAGCGUCGUCAAUCUGUCAUCAAGACAACUAUCCGAGCAUGAGGCAAGCGUUCUGUCUAAAGGACACAAUUUCAAUACAACUACUCCGCCACCUCUGCCACAGAUCAUCGCAGCUGUUGAAGAUGGCAUACAACACAUAGACAGCGAUUCAAGAGACAACGUAAGACUCAAAGCCAUUGGAAUCCUCUCGAAACUACCAGCUCGACCGCGAGGGAACCUUACAAAACCUGAAAAAGAAGCACUUCAAGAACUCCGAAAAGACUCAACCAUAACCAUCCUACCAGCAGACAAAGGUAAUUCGACAGUUGUACUUGAUCGGAAAUCCUAUGAGGACAAGAUGAAAAACCUGCUGAACAGCCCUGAAUACGUGAAACUCACGAAAGACCCCACACCCAGGAUUCAACGAGAGCUAAACAAGCUAUUGGCUGACAUUUUCAAAGUCCACCCAGAAUCAAGAACGCUGUACUUGCGCCUCAUAUGCAGAAACGGUUCCGCGCCGGGAUUCUACGGCCUUCCAAAGAUCCACAAACCGGGGAUACCGCUACGUCCGAUAGUUGACUUUAGAACAUCCCCACUUCGCAUGCUGUCCGAACAUCUACACAGGACCCUGUCACCACUAGUGGGGAAGACAGCCAGACAUGUAAAGAACGCCACCCAUUUUGUUCAGCGCAUGUCGGAGGUGACAAUCGGCAGUGACGAAAGCCUCGUGUCUUUCGAUGUAGUUUCGCUGUUCACGAGCGUGCCCGUACCCCUCGCGGUCUCAGCUGCCCGAGCCGCCCUGGAGAAGGAUGAGAACCUCAGCGAAAGGACGAACCUCAGCACGGACGAACUGUGCCGUCUGAUGGAGUUCUGCCUCAACGCAACAUAUUUUUCUGUCGGAGGUGAAUUCUUCCAACAAACAAGGGGAACCGCCAUGGGAGCCGCCAUUUCAGCCACAGCGGCAAACCUGACGAUGGAACACAUCGAAACACGAGCUUUGGACACGUUCGCCGAACCACCAGCAAUAUUUUUGAGUGAUGAAAUAUUCAUAGAAGUGCGACAGAGGCCCGCACUGUACGACCAGCGUCUGAAAUCAUACCGCGACAAGCAGCUGCAUAACGACGCCUGGCUGGGAUUUUGA